CUUGUUAAAAAAUACUUGGUAUCCAACAAAAGUAUCGAGUAUUUACUUUUACUCGCUGGUAUCGUUUAAUCUAUAUUUUAUAACAAUCAAGGCGUGUGGAUAGGUUUAUUAGAACGAUUUUCACAAGUUGUGUGAUAUAAUUGGUAUAAAAAAAAUUCAUUCUGACAUUUUGCUCAACUUUCCGUCCCAAGAACGAAAAUAUCGGUGAACUUGAACGGGAUCUCUAAUCUUCUAAAUCUGCUGUUGGAAUUGUUGUGUAACAUUUUACGGUGCUGAGAAAACUAACGUUUUUCAAAAUGGCUCAAGAGAACGAGAUAAGUAGCAAAGAAAAAAACUCGUCUGGAGACGUCCCAUCAUCUGCAACAGACACGACAGAUGCUCUCUACGUUGAAGGAAGUGAUGAAGGGCGUGAGGUGAAUCAGAAUUCUGAAGUGUUAAGAGAUUUAAAAAAUGAUAACAAGACACACCAAACCCCAGAAAAUGUCCAGAAUGAGAUAAUUGACGGCGAAGAAUCUUCCCAUUCGUCAGAGUCUAUAGAUUUAGAAACGCUUCAUGAUGUUGGUAUAACGAUACAUAUUCAGAGCCCGGGUACUGAAAUGCUUUCUGUACAAUUAUCUAGUAUGGAAUUAGUGCAAGAGAUACAUCAACUACUAAUGGAUCGAGAAGAUACUUGUCAUCGUACCUGUUUUUCUUUACAGUUGGAUGGCGUGACUUUAGAUAAUUUUGCUGAAUUAAAAACAAUUGAAGGUUUAAAACACGGGUCUACCAUAAAAGUUAUCGAGGAGCCAUACACUAUGCGCGAAGCUCGUAUUCAUGUGCGACACGUUCGUGAUUUAUUAAAAAGUAUGGACCCCUCUGACGCUUAUAAUGGGCUUGAAUGCAAUUCUCUCACAUUUUUACAUACCAUCACGCAAGGAGAUCUACUCGAAAAGAAAAAAACUCGAUCAGAUUCAGUAGAUUGCACACCACCAGACUAUGUGAUGCCCGGUGUUAAAGAAGCCCCUCUUACUCCAUUACAACCUGGAAUAAAAAAUUCAAAAGUCCCUCAAGCACUGAAGAUUUUGACAAGUUCUGCUUGGAAUCCUCCACCAGGGCCGCGUAAAUUGCAUGGAGACUUAAUGUACUUAUAUGUUGUAACCAUGGAAGAGAAGCGAUUUCAUAUUUCAGCAUGUCCUAAAGGAUUCUACAUAAACCAAUCUACGGACGAAACUUUUAAUCCUAAACCAGAUAACCCCAGUCACUUAAGCCAUUCGUUAAUAGAGCUUUUAUCGCAAAUUUCCCCAUCUUUUAAACGCGCAUUUCAACAGAUGCAAAAGAAGCGCACAUUGCGCCAUGCCUUCGAACGUGUUGCUACGCCUUACCAAGUGUAUCAAUGGACCGCACCACAAUUAGAACACACAAUUGACGCGAUUCGAGCAGAAGAUGCAUUCUCUUCGAAGCUAGGGUAUGAAGAGCAUAUACCUGGACAGACCCGUGACUGGAACGAGGAGUUACAAACCACUCGUGAAUUGCCUCGCAAAACACUAACAGAGCGAUUGUUGCGAGAACGUGCUAUUUUUAAAGUGCAUGGAGACUUUGUAAUUGCAGCUACACGUGGUGCGAUGGCAGUUAUAGAUGGUAAUGUUUUGGCUAUAAAUCCAGGAGAGGACUCAAAAAUGCAGAUGUUUAUUUGGAAUAACAUUUUUUUCUCGCUGGGUUUCGAUGUGAGAGACCAUUAUAAGGAUUUCGGCGGUGAUGUAGCCGCUUUCGUUGCUCCUAGAAACGAUCUCCAUGGUGUACGCGUUUACAGUGCCGUAGACGUAGAAGGACUGUAUACGUUGGGAACAGUAGUUGUAGAUUAUCGCGGUUUUCGAGUAACAGCGCAAUCGAUUAUACCAGGUAUUUUAGAAAGGGAGCAGGAACAAUCGGUUGUUUAUGGUUCAAUUGAUUUUGGAAAGACAGUCCUUAGCCAUCCUAAAUAUUUAGAAUUGCUUCGGAAGGCUGGUAAACAUUUAAAGAUUAUGCCCCAUUCAGUGUUAAAUGAACGCAAUGAGCCAGUAGAGUUGUGCUCUUCUGUUGAAUGUAAAGGUAUUAUCGGCAAUGAUGGGAGACAUUAUAUUCUUGAUCUGCUUCGUACGUUUCCACCCGAUGUGAAUUUUUUAGUUUUGGAUGAUAUCCAAAUCAGCCCAGAGCUCCAAGUUCUAGGAUUCCCUAUAGAGCACAAGCAUAAAUUAUCUUGUUUACGUCAGGAGCUACUUGAGGCAUUUAUCGAAGAUCGUUACGUUACUUUUAUACGUAGUGCUGCACAGCACUUACAGAAUUUUAAUUCACAAAAGGCAUCGUCUGAAAAUAAUAAUGAAUUAAAAAGUAAUGAAAAUAAAUUAUCGGACCAAGCAAACGAAAAUCAGAAGUCAGAUAAUUUGGAAAACAAUACAACUGAUGUUAUGGUACAUACUCUGGAUGCAAUUAAAGAAGCGCAAAAUAAUGUCGCUACUGCUGAUGAGAACCAGGCAGCAGAUGUUGUGAGACAUGCCUGUGCCGCUGUUGGUUCAUUAAAAGAACAAGAGUUUGAUUUUCGUUUCAACCCAGAUGUAUUUUCACCCGGAAUACGUCAUUUUGAUGACCCAAAUCACUGCAAUUCAAUUUCUAAGCAAAAAAAACUUAUCCAAGAAGCGGCCGAAUUUUUGGUUAAAAAGCAAAUACCGGCCUUUAUAAAAGAACAUAUGAAUCACACAUCACCACCAAUGGAUGGCACAAGUUUAACCGAAGCUUUACAUAGUCAUGGCAUUAACGUGAGAUAUCUUGGUAAAGUAAUAGAUAUGCUAGAAAAAAUGCCUCGGAUGGAAUAUUUACAUAGAAUAGCCGUUGUUGAGCUAAUAGUACGAGCUACGAAGCAUAUUUACUACACAUAUAUGCAAGGCACAGAUGUUAUGCACUUGGCGAAUGCCAUUAGUCAUUUUUUGAACUGUUUUUUAUCAUCGGGACCUGUAUAUGUGACAAGCAAUACAAGUGACGCAAAUAAAUCAAAUAGACGUGGUAAAAGUAAAAAAUAUAGCAAAAAUGCUGUUUUAAUAUCCCAUGUAAAUGCCCUUGGAAACAAAAAUGCGUUAAGUUCCAAUCAGAGUGAAUUUCUUUUAAUGACCCCAAAGUCACUUUGGAUGCAAAUUAAAAAAGAAGCUAAAUGCUAUUGGGAUUAUGAUCUCAGAUGUGACUCAAUUGAAACAGCAGUUGAAAUUUAUGGUUUUCAUCGAGUAGCUGUUUUAAGAUCUUUCUGCCUAAAAGUUGGAAUUCAAGUGUUGCUGCGAGAGUACAAUUUUGAGUUACGAAACAAGUCAACAUUCAACGAAGAGGAUGUACUGAAUGUAUUUCCAAUUGUUAAACAUAUAAGUCCACGUGCAUCGGAUGCUUACAAUUUUUAUACCACUGGCCAAUCGAAAAUACAACAGGGACUUUUCAAAGAAGGUUAUGAACUUAUUAGUGAGGCGCUUAAUCUUUUAAACAAUGUGUUCGGUGCAAUGCAUUCCGAAAAUGGCUCGUGCUUACGGAUGUUAGCUCGACUAAGCUAUUUAUUGGGAGAUCCACAAGAGGCCUUGGCUAUACAACAACGCUCAGUUAUAAUGAGUGAACGUGUGAACGGAAUCGAUCAUCCAUGUACCGUACUAGAAUACACGCACUUGUCAUUGUAUUGUUUUGCUAAUGGACAAAUUGGUGCAUCCCUAAAACUACUUUACCGUGCUAGAUAUUUAUUGGCUUUAAUAUGCGGUGAAGACCACCCAGAAGUUGCACUCAUAGAUAGCAAUAUCAGCUUGAUUUUACAUGCUGUUGGAGAGUACGAGUUAUCAUUACGAUUUAUUGAACACGCGCUGGAGUUAAAUUUGAAGUACUUUGGAGAUAAGUCUAUGCACGUCGCAGUUAGUUAUCAUUUAGUUGCAAGAACUCAGUCAUGUAUGGGAGACUUCCGCUCAGCUUUAAACAAUGAAAAAGAAACGUAUGCCAUUUAUAAGUCUCAGUUGGGAGAAGCUCAUGAGAAAACUCGAGAAUCAGCGGAAUGCUUGCGCUUACUUACACAACAGGCUGUACUCUUGCAACGUAAAAUGAACGACAUAUAUUCAAAUGGAAAAUUAAGCACUGGAUUGCCACCAAUACAUAUACAGCCGCCAACCAUGGGCUCUGUUUUGGAGAUGCUGAACACUAUAAAUGGGAUAUUGUUUGUUCAAAUCAGUCAAAAGGAUAUAGCUAAGGUGCGUACUGAAAUAGAAAAACAUUUGAAAAACACAAAUGAUGUUAAUGAUGCUACUGAUGCUAAUGAUGCUGCUGAGACGGUUCAGAAAGUUAAUAGUUCUGAUUAUGCAAGUCAUUUGACAAAUUCUUCAUCCAUUGCUGAAAAGACUGGCAUAAUGAUCAACAGAGAUGAGAGCAGUAAGGAUAAAGUUUUUAAGAGAUGAGUGUCAAGUAUUUGGUAAUAGAAUGAAUCAUUUUAAUUUAAAACUACUUGGAAUAAAAAAAGUUGCUAAUCUGCCAUUUCAAA